AGCAGCAUAUGGAUCAACCUGAAUCGGCACACACGGUGCAAAAACCAGAUGUCCUGUCAUCGGAGGAUUCGAACAAUGGACCACCAGUGUGCCGCCUAAACUCGUCGCCCAUUUGGAACCGUUCUGUUUUUGACUGGGGAAUUACAUUUUACACCACCAGAGAUUGCACAGGAUCAUUCCGCACGUAUCCUGAUGUGGGCGGGCCUUUCCAGAGCUUGCAUGAAGUUAACAGCACUAUCGAUCGAUAUCUCAUUGACCAUGAGGAUCCAACAAUGUGUGCGGGGCUUUCUCGAGUGGAUGCGAUGGUAAAACGUGUUCGUUACUAUCCUGAUGGCACAAAGAAGCGUGGAUCGGAAUUCAAAGAUAAAAGGCGUGAUGAGGAUUACCAGUUGGCUCGAGCUUUGGUAGAUAUGUAUAACGACCAUCACAAUCUUUUUGGGGAUCUUGCAUAUGAAGUCAAAGAUUUUCUGCAUGGCAAGCCUCUUUGGGAGGAUUAUUAUAUCCACUGGACGUACUAUCAUAUGAAUUUCACUGCAAAGACCAGAGGAUCUUAUGGUGUUGACACUAGCAACCUAUUCUUUGCUGAAGUCAAAUAUAAUCGAGGAGAUGAUGGAUUGACGGUGAACAGUUGCUGUAUACUUGAACCUUCUUCUUAUCAUGGCCUCUGCUAUGGUUGUGGAGGUGAUAUGAAGCACCCCAAUGAUGGUAAUGCAUAUGCUUGUGGUCGGCGGAACAUCUCGUAUCAUUUUCAGAAUGGUGCACCUGAACUACCUCCGGACUACUUCGAUGACCGCUACAAUGAGAACUCUGAUGAAGAGGUGGAAAGACUGAGAUUUCAGUUCAAGGAGGACGACGAUGAUCCAUGUCCGGCAGAGUAACUCGAGCAUCUUAACAUACAAUUUGAGGCUUAAUUAACUGCCCAAGGCAAGCUUGGAAUGGUGUUGCUGGCCUGGAAGAACAUAUCGUAUAUAUUCUUCGGACUUAACAUAUAUUGUAUAGUUUGUGAUGAUCAACUACCUAGCUCUCCAUUCCAAACUACCUACGGUAUUAGGUUUUGUUAGAAUAAUCCUUUGACCAACUGUUUACUCAACUUGUAUAAACUUUACCACGUGAUAUAGCUGCUUUGGAAU